AUGGACGAGAACGCUACCCUGUACUUCAACGGCAGCUCUCAAUUCGGGGCGUUUUCCGUGGACUACGAACUGUUCCGACAACUGCCGAACGACACCGAGGACGCGAACCGAACGUGGCAGGUGCUGGGCACGAACUACACGGUGGAAUGGGAAGACGGGGCCGUGUACCCCAGCGGAUACUCCCACCUGGGAAUCAUUCUGACGUCAUUUUUCGUGACGGUCAUCAUGAUACUGAUCGUGGUAGGAAACAUGCUGGUGUGCAUCGCCAUAGCGACCGAAAAGGCGCUAAAGACGGUCCAGAACUGGUUCAUUGCCUCGCUGGCCAUCUCGGACUUCCUGGUCGGGCUGAUCGUGAUGCCGUUCUCGCUGGCCAAGGAAGUGAUGGGUUACUGGAUCUUUGGGCGUAUCUGGUGCGAGAUCCACUCCGCUCUGGACGUUUUCCUGUGCACCGCCUCUAUCAACAGCCUCUGCCUUAUCAGCCUGGACAGGUACUGGUCGGUGACCCACGCAGUGGAAUACCUCCGCAAAAGGACCCCGCGGCGCUCUAUUGCCAUGAUCUGUGGAGUGUGGGUGCUGUCCGCCAUCAUAUCGCUGCCCCCGCUCGUGGGGUGGAAGAAGCCGGAACAGCCCUCCUACUACCCGGAAUGUUUGCUGAGCGACGACGUGGGAUACGUGCUCUACUCUGCGUUUGGGUCCUUCUAUGUCCCGGCAUUCGUCAUGGUGUUCGUCUAUUGCCGAAUCUUCGUCGCCGCCCGCUCCAGGGCGCGAAGACACCUGAAGAAGAAGCAGAAGAACGCAGCGGUGGUGUCGGUAGCCACGGAGUUCACGAACGAUCCCAUCAAGGACAAGUCCACGACGACGACCACGUGCACGAGCUUCAGUAACGCGAGUCCCCCCGACCGCUCCAAAGACUUCGAGGCCUUCUCGCCCAUCCCUGAGCUCCCCAAGAUCCCCGAGAGCAACGGGACGCGCUCCGGAGCCUCCCCCGUAGUCGUGGUGGACGCCCCCGCGAUCGUCAUCGAGGAUUCCGCAGACGAGUCUUGUCCCCCAGACGUCCAGAUGACCCCAGACACCCAGAGGGUGACCUUCAGAGACGACGUCGAGAGCAGCAACAGCUUGUGCAAGUCUUCGUCGUCGAACAAGGUGGUCGGCGAGCAGAGCCACCUGGUGGUGAGCGAACCCACCCAAAGAAGGACAUCGGUGCUGCGGGCUCCCAAAUUUUUGAGGUCUCCUUUUGGAUCCACACUUUCUCUCGCCGAUUUGGGUAGGUCCGAAGAAGACGUCAGCGAGUUGGGGGAAGACUCCAAAUCGAAAAAGAAAAAGAAGAAAGUGAAAAUGAAGGCCCGUCCCGAGGACCUACCCAAACGACAACCCACCACCGAAGCAGAGAGGCAAAGACGGAGAAUCGCCAAAGCAAAAGAGCGCCGGGCCACCCUCAUCCUUGGCCUCAUCAUGGCCUCCUUCAUCCUGGCCUGGUUGCCGUUCUUCGUCCUAUACGUCCUGGAAGCGCUGUGCAAAGUCUGCGUUAUAGGACGAACCGGGUUUGCCAUAGCCUUUUGGCUCGGAUACUGCAACUCAGCCCUCAACCCGAUCAUAUACACCAUCUUUAACAGGGAUUUUCGGAAAGCUUUCAAAAAAAUACUUUUCAAGUAA